CAUCCGUCUGUCUGUCAGACGGUGACGUCACCCCCAGCGAGCCAUCUCGGACGCUCCAUCAGAUAUUUUGUUUUGUUUUCGUCGCUGUUUAAGUGCAUGUUUUUGACGCCUCCGGAGCCCGCCACACCUGCAAGCGUCACGCCUUCGCGCGGGGGAAGCAGCUACCAUGAAGUGGAUGUUCAAGGAGGACCACUCGCUCGAGCACCGGUGUGUGGAGUCAGCCAAGAUACGCAACAAAUACCCCGACAGAGUGCCGGUGAUCGUGGAGAAGGUGUCGGGCUCUCAGAUCGUGGACAUCGACAAGAGGAAGUACCUGGUGCCGUCUGACAUCACGGUGGCCCAGUUCAUGUGGAUCAUCAGGAAACGCAUCCAGCUGCCUUCAGAGAAAGCCAUCUUCCUCUUCAUCGACAAAACCGUGCCCCAGUCCAGUCUGACGAUGGGGCAACUGUACGACAAGGAGAAGGACGAGGACGGCUUCCUGUACGUGGCCUACAGCGGGGAGAACACCUUCGGUGAACACCACUGACUGCCUGGCGGAGCUCGUCUCUUCCCAACACACACACACACACACACACGCAGACACUGUCCGACGGGACUUUGGGAACAAGAGCAUCAACACGACUCGCAGUACAAGCUAUGACCUUUUAGCCGAAUAUUUGAGGAGUACUUCCCACGCGGCAGUACUUUCUAUCAAAGCAUUGUUUUUAUCAACACUUCCUACCAAACAAGGGGCAGCACACAGAGCUCCAGACCCAGCAACACCGCGCUCACACGUCACUCGGAGCUGCGCUUCUCCAGGUGACCACCACACAACUGCUCCAAUUGACAGCCAAAUCAUGUGAAUAAAAGCUGAAUAUUUAAUAAAAUCUAUGAAACCA